UUCAAGGACUGCUGGUAUCCAAUAACUCGAGUGCCCUUCUUCACCGGGGCCUGGACUUUAAGCGACGCCGAUGCCUCAGAAACGGACCCAUCAUGCGCUAGUAAGAUGUCUAGUAGGAUUUCCUGAUCAAGUUGAGGAUGCAAAGACGAUAACAAAGCCAACUUGACUUCGGUUGACUCUUCUGGUUCUGCGAUUUCCUUUUGAAGCUCUGGAGAUGGUUUCCGCUUGGGACGAGUCAAAAAAGCUUUCAUAGUUUGAUUCCCGUAUAUCCAAUAGCAUAAAUUAUACGCUGUAACUGAAAGUGCUCUCUGACAGAUGCGCCUGCAUUUCGCAGUUUGGGAGACGUGAUGAGGGGCAAUUAGAGACACGAUACCGCGAAAGUUCCGAAAAGUUGAGACACGAAACCACGUGACUGGAAUGACUUCGGUUACCACAUACCCCCGCUGAUGACGCAUGACCUGGUUAGCCGCAUAAACGCGACACUCUGCCCCGCGGGCUUGUGAGAUUACCGAAACCGAGGCACAUGUCAGUAUAGCUUCGAGGGGAAGCUCUGUGAUCCAAGCAAGCCCAAGCCCAUUGUCCACCGUAGCUUUCUUUGCUCUACCAUAAUACCACAGCUAACACAUGCGCGCGGUCUCUGAAGACCAAUUUUCAGCGCCAUGGCUGCAAUGCUAGAAUUCCGAACCCAAGGGUACAAUCCCUACGCCGUCAAGUAUUCCCCGUACUACGACUCGCGAAUUGCCGUUGCGACAUCUGCCAACUUUGGCAUUGUAGGCAAUGGUCGUGUAUUUGCGCUCGCUCUGACGGCGCAGGGUGUACAGGUUGAGAAAACGUAUGAGACGUCCCGUUGCUGGCUUGUGGAGUGUUACUAGAAGCUAAUUCCGUCGUCGCAGCUUCGAUACAAACGAUGCGCUGUACGACUUGGCUUGGUCUGAGAUUAACGAGAACCAGUUGGUUGUUGCAUGUGGCGAUGGGUCGUUGAAACUAUUCGACUUGGGAAUUGACGACUUUCCGGUUAUGAACUUUCACGAACAUAAGCGAGAAACCUUCUCUGUCUGUUGGAACCCUAUAACCAAGGAUACAUUCAUAUCGAGUUCCUGGGACGGCACAGUCAAGAUUUGGUCGCCGACCCGAAAUCACUCGAUAAAGACGCUGCCCAUCGGAAACUGUACUUACAGUACAUCGUUCUGCCCCUCCAACCCCGCCUUGAUAUCCGCCGUCUCCUCAGACUCCCACCUCCGAAUCUUCGACCUCCGAACUCCAUCUUCGGCAAAGUAUCACCUCACGGCGACGAUACCCGUCCACGCUUCUGGACCGCAGCCAUCACCCGGAGCUUCUGCGCCUGCCGAGAUUCUUACCCACGAUUGGAAUAAGUACCGGGACACGGUGAUAGCUACAGGUGGCGUGGACAGAGUUCUACGAACCUUUGACAUACGGAACCCCAACGGAGGUCCACUGUCUAUCAUGCAAGGCCAUGAAUAUGCUGUGCGGCGUCUAUCGUGGAGUCCCCAUUCGAGCGACACUCUCAUAAGUGCCAGUUACGACAUGACAGUUCGAUUAUGGAAUGACGGUUCGAAUCAGCAGCAAGCUCCGGCAAUGGGACCGACAAUAGGAAGUCAAAUGGGAAUCAUGAAUCGUCAUACGGAGUUUGUCACGGGAGUAGACUGGUGUCUUUUUGGUAUGGGCGGUUGGGUGGCUUCUGUGGGCUGGGACGAGAGAGUGUUAUUGUGGGAUGCCAAUAUGCUGAUGGGCCAACGAAUACCAUGAUGUUAAGCAUUGUUAGUUUGGCGUUGAUUGGAGUAAGCGUAUCUACGAAUACCUUUGGUAUAUUAGGCGUUGGGAUGUAUUCCAUGGGUUGAGCUCAUCAACAUGCAAGUCUACUCUCUGGUCAAAAUAACUACAUACAUUAAGCCAGAGUAUCACAAAGCAAGACGGUUAUUGAGAUUAUCAUCAUUUCCUAAGUAGAGUUGUCGUGGAGAAUAACCAGUGACGCCUGCAGACAUGUCUAUAAACCAAACCCCUUUUUCCCAUAUCUUACACUAGUAUAAAAUACAAAAAUGCCCAAUCGAAGUACAAGUCAUACACAUCCCAUCCGUCAUAGGUAUCUGGUCUUGUUAUUACAUUUUC